GGAAUAGGCAUCAGUACCACCCCUUCGGCCUAGAGAAACUGAGGGUUCCCCUCGUCCCCUCUCUAUUUUCCGAUCAAAACUAAUAUCGCCGCCGCUCGGCCUCUCACGUCUCCGCCGGCACGCCCUAUCUCCGCCGUCUCUCAAGUUGGUUUCCUCCGGAUUGCUUAAACCCUAGCCUCUAGUGCGCUUCUCGUAGACCUUCAGGUCAGGAAUGAGCAGAUCACAAGGACCUUCAUCACUUAAAAGAAAAAGGCCAGACUCAAGCUCUGGAGGAGCUCUGAUCGAGCAUGAAAAAGUGCUCUAUGAUCUGAUUUGCAGCAAACAAAGCAUGGGGAUUUGGAUUGGAGACAUUAAAAGAGAAACAAAGUAUGCUGACAGUAUAGUAACUAAAUCACUCAAAGCCCUCCAAGCCAAAGGCAUGAUAAAACUGGUUGAACAUUAUCAGAACAAAGGGAAGAAAUUCUACCUGUCGAAAGAUUUCGAGCCAUCGAAAGAACUAACGGGCGGUAAUUGGUAUAGCGAGGGGAAGCUCGACAGGGAAUACAUCAAUACUCUUAAAGGAUUCUGUGGAAGAAUGAUACAAAAGAUGAAGGUGGCUACAAUUGAAGGGAUUGUGGACUCUUUCAAAAAGAGUGGAGCGUCCAAGGUGGACUUGUCUAGAGAGCAAAUUCAGGAGAUUGUAAAUGCUCUGGUUUUGGACAAUGAAGUCAUGGAGGUGAAGAGCACUGGAUCAGGGGAAUUUGAUUUUAUCCCUAUUGGGAAGAUCUGUUAUAAGUGCUAUGCCAAAGGAGGUGUCAAAGGGGAGCCAAAAACGGGGGCCAUGGCUUCCAUUCCUUGUGGAGUCUGUCCUCGGAUUAGUCAUUGUACGCCAAACGGCGUCAUUUCGCCUAGAACAUGCGUGUACUACACCAAGUGGUUAGAUUUUUAAGUUCGAAGCUUCUUGAAAGUCCUUAGAAUGAAGGGUGAGAAUUUGAACUUAAGAGUAGCGAAGACAUUAUAUGUCUAACUACUCGAGCAAAUGUACUAUGCUUUUCUCCUCUAGUCUAUUUCGUUAUUUAAUAACAAUUUUGAUGUAUCAUAUUUGUCUCUGUUAGUCUUGAUUUGAUUUGAUUUCUUUUUUCAAGAAUAAUUGAGUGACUCCAACAUACUCCAAAGGGUAAGUGUGUGGUGAUGAUUCAAUUUUUUAUUUUCACCAAAUGUUUUGAUUGCC